CUAAAAUAAUUCAAGAAUCUCAGAUGUAAACAAAAGUGAUUUUCACAAUUGUCUAUCCACACUCACACCGCAAAAAUGGCAGCCCUCUGUCGCAAUGUCACAAAGUUGAUUUUACGCGAAAAACGACCGAUUUGUGCUAUAUUAGUAAGAAAUUCCAAGUAUGACAGCAGAUAUAUAGAGAACAUAAAAACAUUAGAAGAACUAAAGCAACCGAUUCCACCAGGUGAUAUCCGGCACUAUAAAAAGAUAAAAGCUGCAGUCACAGAUGACAACUCUUUUACAGACUUUGACCCUGUUGUUCAGAAGUUCAUAAACAUGAUGGUGAAAGGAGGAAAUAAAGCAUUAGCAAGGUCUCAUCUUGAAGAGGCAUUUGAGGUUGUGAAAAGAGCUCAGUUAGAAAGUUAUCAUAAAGCUAGUAGUGAAGAGAUGAAAGCAACUAUUGAACUAGAUCCAGUCGUAGUAUUUCACCAAGCCCUUGAAAAUGGCGAACCUUUACUUAUAAUAACAAAAGUUGUCAAAAGUGGUCAAACUUAUAUGGUACCAAUCGCAGCAUCAGAUAAAAGAAAGAAGUUUUUUAGUAUGAAGUGGUUGAUUGAGGCUGGAAUGGAAAAAGAUAGGUCAAAGAGAUUUUAUCAACAACUUGGGGAAGAAAUUGUAGCAGCCUAUUAUCAUAAA